GCAAAAGGAGCCAUCUCUGCCACUCGCGAGGGUAACACCUUACAGAGGUCGUCAAGUUUCAAGCUAGUUCGCAGCUUCUGGCAGUUUUGGGCGUAGAACGACUAGAAGACACGUGACGAUGCAUACACCGUCAGUUGUAUCUACCGUAGCCGUGGUAACGGUGGUUAUCCUGUCGACAAUAGGUAGCGUAGAGUCUGCCAAUAUCACCACGUCACUUACCUGUGCCAACGACAGUAUGCUGGUGAGCUACGUUACAGGCAGCAAUACGUUUAACCCAACAGAAGGGCGAAUCUACGUUGACGGUUUUUACGACGAUGUCAACUGUUUCACUGCUUCGGCACCUUGGGAAUUGAAUGUGACUGUGGGAAAUUGCGGUACAGCGUUUGAAACAGCCUUCACGGUUAUUCUGCUUCACGAUAAAGACUACUACCUGGAAACGAUAGACUCGGCCCAGACUUUUACCUGCAAAGCGUCUUCAUAUGCCACAACGAUGCACAACGUCAGCGCCUACGUGCCGGCCGGUGAGAUCAUCCCUAUAGUCGGCCAAGAAGCGAACGUCCCCGGGUUCGACGUGACCAUUACAUUAAGGUUGAGGAACACAUCGACUGGUACGGAAAUAACACCUUCAAGCCCUGCCGUUAUCUUGGGCGGCAAUGUCACAUUGGAGUUAACGGUGGACCCAUAUGCCCCCGUCAAGAUCCAGGCCGUUCGCUGUUGGGCCGCUGGCAUCGUCACUUCCAAUGGAGUCGAUUCGUGGAAGUACCUGGAUCUCAUCUCCCAAAGUUGCCCCGCCGUUCCGUUCUUCGGCAGACUUCAACAAAACAGCACCUUCCAUUCUUUGACAUCUACCUUCCCAAUGUUUCUCAUGACUCCAAGACACGCUUCCAACAGAACAACCGGUUUCUUCUGCACAGUGAAGGCAUGCGACGUGACCAGCAGCGACUGCAACUAUGUGAAUUGUACGGGUGCUGGAGAGAGUGGACCAAGCUGGGGAAGGAGACGAAGACGUGCUGCCGCCCUUAUGGCAGGAGAUAUCGAAGAUACUGUGUACGACGGCGAUAUGAGCAGUACCGAUGACGAAGAAGAUGAUGGUCUGUAUCACCCAAUGGGCAAAAAUGACGUCGGGAAGGUGGCUUUGGGGUAUUUUCUCACUGUUUACGAUCCAGAAGAAGACAUUAAUGACGUUCAGCUUAUCGAACCUGACGGGCAGCCCCAAUGGCCUGGCGCUGAUUCUUCCCAACCAGGAGACUGGCUGGAACCCGGAGAUGGGCAGAUGUAUAACACGGCAACGGCAGAAUCCACCGAUGAGAUUUGCAUUAACAACUACGUACUCGUCAUAGUGACUGUAUUAAUUGGACUCGUGGUGAUUGCCUUUUGCUGGAUCUCCGUUUGCUUCUUCGCCUAUGUCCGUAAAAGAUCAGCACGUCAACGACAGUCUUCAAAGACGGAGAUUGAGAUGUAAAACCAAUCCUUGCAUCCCCUUCACUGCCUGAAACGCCUAACACAUUAUCAUGCAUUGCUGACUUCUUUAUUUUUUUGAACAGAAACCGGUUAUCAACCGUGCCACUAUUAUACAAUUUACAAUGGUGAUUCGAUUUCUCAUAAUCAUUGACUGAGAUCAAUAGGACGUAUUUAAUGGAAUGUUUCGUGUUUUGUUUUUCAAUAAAUAUUGUUUGCCAAAACAAAUCU